UCAGAAGACGCCUACGUCCUCGCCACAGAGACCUUCGAUUUCAGACAGAGGAAAGCACCUUCUUGAUCAGCGGAGAUCUUUGUCUGAACACCGGAAGUUAGUUAACUACAACUUCCGGUCCUAUCUCUGCGUGAAAGUGGGUGAAAGGUGAAAAAGACGAGUUGCUGAAAACAUUGAUCUCGGUUUGUUUGACCUCUGCCCUCUCACGUGAAGCUACGAUGCUGCAGAACACGGGGAAGCUAGCCGGCCGCACGCUCUUCAUCACUGGAGCUAGUCGAGGAAUUGGUAAAGCCAUAGCUCUAAAGGCAGCGAGAGAUGGAGCCAACAUUGUGAUUGCAGCCAAGACGUCUGAGCCCCACCCCAAGCUGCCUGGAACCAUCUACACUGCUGCAGAUGAAGUGGAGGCCGCCGGGGGCCGGGCGUUGCCUUGUGUUGUUGACAUCCGAGAUGAGCAGCAGAUAGGAGCAGCUGUUCAGAGAGCAGUGGAAACCUUUGGAGGUAUCGACAUCCUGGUGAACAAUGCCAGUGCCAUCAGUCUCACUGGAACGCUGGAAACCCCGAUGAAGAAGGUCGACCUGAUGCUUGGAAUCAACCUGAGAGGAACGUAUCUCACGUCGAAGAUGGUUAUUCCUCACCUGCUGAAGAGCCGCAGUCCUCACAUUCUGAACCUGUCCCCUCCCCUGAACCUGAACCCCAUCUGGUUCAAGAACCACACAGCAUACACGAUGGCCAAGUACGGAAUGUCCAUGUGUGUCCUGGGAAUGGCCGAAGAGUUCAGAGGCCAAAUAGCCAUCAAUGCCCUCUGGCCAAAAACUGCGAUCCAGACGGCAGCCAUGGACAUGCUGGGUGGAGAGGGUGUUGGCAGACAGUGUCGUAAAGCAGACAUCAUUGCUGACGCCGCCUACGCCGUCCUAUCCAAACCCAAGGACUACACAGGUCACUUCCUGGUGGAUGAGGAUGUCCUCCGAGCACAUGGUGUUCAAGACUUUGAUCAGUACGCCGUCCAGCCAGGUCACCCCCUUCUGCCAGAUUUCUUCCUGGACGAAGCUCCAGAGAUGCUGGCCAAACAGAUGGAGCAGCACGGAGCAACGCCGGCCUUCAAACCCUCGUCGACCACGCCCAACUCUGGUGGACCAAUAGAAAGCACCUUUGACGUUAUUAAAGCGGUUAUCAACAACGAUGUUGUCAACGCCACUCAGGCCAUGUACAGGUUUGAUCUGUCAGGAGAGCACAGUGGUGUUUGGUUCCUGGACUUGAAGAGUGGUUCUGGUAGUGCAGGUCAAGGUGAGCCACCCUCCAAAGCAGAUGUUGUCAUGACGAUGGACUCCAGUGACUUCAGCAAGAUGUUUGCAGGGAAGCUGAAGCCCACUUUGGCCUUCAUGUCAGGGAAGCUGCGGAUCAAAGGCGACAUGACACUUGCCAUCAAACUGGAGAAGUUGAUGAGUCGCAUGAAUAAGGCCAAACUGUGACACAGAAGCUCCGCCCUCAGCGCCAGUCCCCGCCCAUUUGCCUUCAGAAGCAACUGAAACAGAUGUCAGCCGUAGUCCUGCUGAUGGGCUGGAUGUAGACGUCCAGAGCGUUACCUGAACAUGACACUACAUCUGGCCUGGUCCAGCCCGAUCAGCUGGUGUUGACAGGAAGCUCGUUACAUCUCAGCGUUGUCUUUGUAGAUGCUCUGAUGUCAUCGUUUUCACUAGCUGUUGCUGUGGUAAUAAUAAACUGGUCUGUCUCAUGUA